CUUUGUUUUUCCAAAUCCCAGUGGCAGAGAGCCAGUGCAGUUCCCUUGUUUCUAUUCUACCCUCCCCCUUCCCCGGGCUCCAUUUCUUAAUUUCCCUUCGGAACAGAGCAGACGUCUUCGUAACUGACAGCUGUGCAGUCAGUGCAGAGGAAACAGGGAAGUGUCGCGAUGGGGAAGAAGCGGGCGGCCGCCGCGAGCGCCGCCGGGGCGCCAGUCUUCCCGUUCCCGGCGUUCGCCGCCGCCGGCGAGCAGGACCACUUCAGCGACUACGGCUUCGACUCGCAACUCGUCUCCUUCUUCGCGCAGGCUGAGGCGAAGCGGAGCAGGCGCCACCACUCCCACCACCCGCCGCCGCUGGAGCCCGCACGGUUCAAGCUCCAGAAGCCCAUCUCCAAGAAGCACCACCACCUGCAGAAACAGCAGCAGCAGCGGCGCCACCGGUGGUGGAGCUCCGCCGCCUCCGCCGCGCUCCUCCUCUUCAAGCGCCCCUCCUCCUCCUCCUCCUGCGGCCCCGCGGCGGAUUCAGCUCCUGCCCCCUACGGACACUCCGCCUCGGCCGCCGUGCCGCUGUACCUCGCCGACGACGGCGACGGCCCGGCCGCGUGCGCUUGCUGGGCGCCCUCCAUGCGGUCCGGCCGCCUGGCCGCCGCCGAGCUCGGCGCCGCGGCUCAGGCGGUGCCCUACGUCAGCCUCGGGUCCGCUAGCCUCGGCGGCGGUGGCGCCGGAGCGGCAGGUGGAGGCGCUCCAGCGACGCCCAUCUACCUCGUGACCUGAAGCUGGCCCGGCUGCCGCUGCGGCCGACGCGGACUCUUCCUUUUCUCCGGGGUUCUUCUUGAGUAGCUCGGACCACAUGUCAGUGAAUGUUUUCACCGGCGCGUUCGAUGGCUGACCGGGAUGGUCGGUCGGUCAAGUCAACUGGUCAAAGAUCCAGCGCUUUAGAGUUUAGAAGACUUUGCUAAUAUGUUUUUCUUUAGUUGUUUGCGAAAAAUUGAUGCGCAUGUUUGAAAAGUCUAAAGCCCUUCGCUUUGUUUUCCGUGGUUUUGUUGUCU